AUGCUGAUAAGAAAGAGUAGAAACUUUUUUUUUAAGUUUAGAAGUUGUAGAAAAUUUUGUGAUAACAAUAAUUACAUAAAUAAUAGCUAUUUAAAUUAUAUUCAAGUAAAUAAAAAUAUAAAUGAUAAAAUUAACAAAGAAAAGAAAUAUUAUAAAGAUGAAACAAAAAUAAAUAAUGAAAAUAUAAAAAACUUGGAAAAUUUUAAUGAUUUAAAUAAUAUAAAUGACAAAAUAGAAUUUUCUUUAAAAAAUGAAGAAACUAAUUUUGAUAAUCACAUUAAUAAUUUAGAGGUGAAUGAAGCUGUUUAUUCUGGGAAUGAUAAUAUAAAAAAAAAAAAUAUAAAUUUUAAUGUUAAUGAAAAUGUAUUUAAUGAUAAAAAUAAAAAUAAAAAUAAAAUUUUAGGUGGUGAUGGGUUGCAUAACAUGGAUAAUGAAACUUUAAGUAAUACAUAUGAUUCUUUUGAUGAAGAAAAAAUUAAAAGUAAUGAAUAUAAGAACAAAUGUAAAGAAGAAAAUAUACAAGAAGACAAAAUAAAUAAGAAAAAUAAAAAAAAUAUAGAAAGUAGUGAUAAAGUAGCAAAUAAUAAUAAUACAAACCAACUUCAUGAUAUUAACGAUUCAAAUAAUUUAAAAAGUAAUUAUAAAAGUGAAAAUGAAAAUAUGCAUGAUUAUGAUGAUUUAAAUGGUGAAAAUAUUGUAGGAAAAUUUAAUGAUUUAAAUGAAGAUAUAACAACAAAUAACGUUAAUACUUUUGAUAAUGAUCCUUUAAAUAUAAAGGAUAGCGAAAUUAAUGAUUCUAAUUAUUCAAAUGACUCAUUUGAUGAAAGUAAUUUCGAAUCAUUAAGUAACAAAAAAAUUUCAGAUUCUUCUAAUACUUCAAACGAUGAUUCGGAAAAAUUGAUAGAAAAUGAAGAAGAUAUACCAAAUAUCUUUGAAGUAGAUGAAAAUUUAAGUGAAGAAGAAAAAAAAGAAAAAUUGAAAUUGAUAAAAUUAAUUACUGAAAAAUUGGCAGGACCUUUGAAAUCAAAAAAUGAAGAUAAUUCAAGUAGUGAAAAAAAUUCAAAAAGUGAAGAAGAUUCAAUAUUUGGUGAUAACAGACCAAUUGCAAUUGAAGUAGAUGGCCCAUCUCACUUUUACGCUAAUAGUAAUAGAUAUACUACAUACACAAAGUUAAAACAUAGAAUUUUAACUAAAUUAGGUUAUAAUGUUAUCCAUAUAAGCUAUAUUGAUUGGAGAAAAUUACGAAACAAAAGUGAAAGAGAAGAAUUUAUUUUAAAGAAAUUAAAAGAAAAAAACGAUGAAUUUUUAGAUGAUAAUGAUAGGAUAUAUUAUAAUGAAAGAAUGAAUAUGAUUAAAGAAGACUAUAUGAAAUAUAUGAAACAGAAAAAAGAUAAAAGUGAAUAA